AUGGUGAGGACGGCCAAGGCGCCCAUUGCCUGGCCAGGCACAACGCCUGAGACCGCCGCCAGCUUCCCGCUCGCGCAAUUAUCGUCGUCGUCUAAAGCAGGCGACGACCAAGAUGAGUGGGAAUAUGAGUACUCGAAUACCGAGACGGAGAGGAAGAAAGCUGACGGCGUCCAUCAGACCUAUUACCUGACGAUAGACAUGUCGCAUUCGGGCAUGUUCGAGAAGGUCAAGGAUUCCUUCCAUGCACAGAAUCGAGGCGGUUACAAACAGUGGUUCAACCCCGUCUACGCCGAUCCGAACAAGAACACCAAGCUUCGACCCACAAAGACGAACGCUAUGCUGUUUGGCGACGAGGAGAAUGAGGACGAGGGGGAACUUGCGCCGCAGGACGACGACGAGGACGAGGAGGAAAUUGAGGGCAGGGAUGGAGACGUAAACGAGGACACCAGAGAAGGAGGAGGAGGCGGCGGAAGCCACAGGGUCAAGGGCGAACACGAGGGUCGAGACGCCGGCCGCGACAAGGACGACAACCUUAUCGAUCCUACGCUGCGGAACAUAGCACAGCGAGCUCCGUCUCGGGCGCCGCCAGGGAACACGCAGAGAACCCCGUCAAGAGCAGCGUCACGUGCUCCUUCGGUAAUACCGCAUCUCGGCAGAGACCAGCCGGACAGACCAGCACGGAUCAAGAAUGUGGGCGAGAUCCAGAUCCUCGACCUGCACUCGGACAACCCUAUCAUCUCCUACAAGGGGCGCAUCUUUUCGGGCAGCUGGGCACACAACAUCGGUACGGAGCUCCUGUUUGGCGACCAUGAUGAGGUGGUCGAGCGUAACCUGCCUCACCUGCGGUCGCUUGCGGGCGGCGUGGACCUGAUGGCGGCAUGCUCGGCGCGUAUUCUCACGGUGCCGGCAGACCUGCGGCCUAAAAACCGGGGCGACACGGCUGCAGCGGCGGCGGCGGCGCUCGCACAACAGAACCGGCGGCCGGCACCCGACCGGUACAAGCACCUGCGCAAGGAAGCAGGCAUCGAAAUCCCGAUCGCCUUCGACAAGCAUGGGCGGCGCAAGCCGCAGGCGCGGUUCCUCGAGAACCUGAUGGCAAUCAAGCGAAGCAGAGGCGAGAUGGACGAUGCCACGACCAUGACCCGGGACACGACGCGAGACUGGGUGGACCGCGACGACGACCCGGAAGAGGCAUCGCUACAAAAGAAGCGAGCCAGAGACCGCAAGAGACAGCAGCGGCUAAUGGAGGAGAGGCUGGCAAGACCCAAGAAGAAGAGGCAUGGCGGGAAUCGAUGGAUGAGGAGGCGGGUGGUGACCUUUGCGGACAGGGGUGCAAAUGGCAGUGGUAAUGGUGACGAUAGGAUUAGGGGCGAGGAGGUGGACGAUAGAGAAGAAGACGAAAGUGUCUUGUCGAGGCCCACACCUACGACGUGGGACGAACUGGGUCGUGGCAGCGGAGAGGGCGGCGGUGAGAACACUGGUGGUGAAGUCGAAGGACAUGUUCACGGCGCUGAGGAGGAUACAGUCAUGGACUCGGAGUGA